AAAUAGUAGAACUAGUCACCACCAUCAUUCUCUGGUCAUCCUCUCUCUAACCAUCUUAAUUAUUAUCUCUCUUAAAUAAGUCGUGUGUCAAGACAUAGAAGUAGUACUAAUAUUUGAUGCGUACUAACUUCCAAAUCACAACUCACAAACUUCCAAAGUAAGAGAAUUAUUAGAGAAAUCCCAGAUUUUUCAGCACCUACUUCUCCCUCUUUAUACUCCUCAAACUUCAUUUCUUUUCCUUUUCUUUCUUUCUUUCUCUCUCUAAAAUUAUAUUCACAUAGAAGCAACCUCCAUAGCUUCUACUUGCUGAAUCAAUCAAAAAGUGUUUUUUCUCCUUUCUUCCUCAAAUAAUAAAAUAAUAUACAUAUAUAUACAUAUAUAUAUAUGUUUGUUGGUCCAAAAAUAAAUAAAUGGGAAGUAGUACAUCUAAGUUUGUGAUUCAAUUAUUCCAGAAAUUAAACUCCGCGUGCUAGCUGAUGGAAAAAAAAACCAGAAGCAGAAGCAGAAACAUCAGAAAAUCAAAUAGAGAUCUAAUAUCAAGCAAAGGCAGCUUUUGGUACUAUUUGAUUUAUUAUAUUAUUACUUAUACUAGUUGUAAUAGUUGUAAUAAUAAGAUAUGACUAUGGUUCCUACCCCUAAACUAUCUAAACCACAUUAUUUUUAUGGUGCUUGUGGUGGUGGUAGUGCUUCCGAUGUAAUGACCCGAUUUGGUGGUUAUGGUGGCUACAACGGGGACGACAACGGCAACGGCGACGGCGACGAUGCUAGUAAUAUUGUUGAUAAUAAUAAUAACAUUACUACUAUUGCUAAUAGUAAUAGUAAUAAUAAUGAUAGGCUCCAUAAAGUUGAUAAUAAUGACAAUGUUAACUCAUGUGUAUUAGGAUCUGAUUUAGGGAUUGGUCAUCCUAAUUACUCUUACCAUAAUAUUAGUCUUAUGGCCGAUGAACAACAACAACAACAACAACAACAACAACAACAGUUAAGAAGUUCUAAUACUACUAGUGUUAACGAUGAUGGUGAUGAUCUUCGUCAGCCAUCUGCUGCUGGUACCGUCGUUUCAUGUUCUUCACCUCCGCCAAUAGUACCAUUAUUAGAUCAUCACCAUCAUCGUAUUGGUAGCUGCAGCAGCUGGCUGCAAUUAGGUCGAGGUGAUGGUGAUGGUGAUGGUGAUGGUGAUGGUGAUGGUGAUGGCGAUGGCGAUGGCGAUGGCGAUGGCGAUGGCGAUCAAUCUCAUCUUAAAAUAAGUCCAUCAUGGCAACAACAACAACAACAUCCAGCUCAAGUAGCCGAAGGCGGAUUGAUGCUAGAGCUGAACCUAGGAGGUGGUGGAGGUCGUGGUGGCGGAAGUGGAAUGAUACAUCAAACGACACAGUUGAUGCCAGAGUUUGAGUCUAGAGUUCCUCAAAGACCGCUUGAUUUUCCAACUAGUAAUUUGUUUGGAGGUAUUGGAUCAAUAAGUGGAGGGACUAAUACUUUUCUUUCCACUCAUCCUAUAAUUCCUAUAUUUUCAUCUUCUCAAUCUCAACUUCCACCUCAACUACCUCAUCUUCAUCAUCAGCAUCAACCACAAUUGUUAUUAAGCGAUCAUCAUUUUCUUCAGCAACAACAACAACAACAGAUAGGGUGGGGAUUGGCUAAUCAUAGAACAACUUUCUCUGCGGCCGCUACUGCGGCCUGUUCUUCAUCUUUAUCUCCUUCUUCAUCUUCUUCUAUGCCACCGGCUGUACCCGGUCAAGGCGGGGCGGGUUCCUUUUUAACCCGCCCGUUUACGCCAACCGGGUCGUCGGUAGAUGCUGUGGAUUCUGAAUUCAGGCUUAUACACCCACCUCCCAGAAGACUUCAUUCUGGCAUUUGGUUUAACCUUCAAGCUUCUUCUCAUCAAUCAAAACAACCUUUUUUGCCUCAAGUAUCCAAGAAUUUUCUCCGGAUAAAAGAUGGGAGAAUGACAGUUCGAUUAGUGAUGAAGUAUUUGGCUAACAAGCUUGGAUUAAAUAGCGAAUCAGAGGUAGAGAUAAGAUGUAGAGGGCAACAAGUAGAAACAUUCUUGACGUUGCAGUAUGUAAGAGACAAUAUUUGGAUUCGAAGGGACGUUGCUGUGACGUUGCUUCCAGACUCCUCAACCUCAGAUCAUGUCAUGGUUUUGAAUUAUGGUAGAAGCACCAUUACUACAACUACUACUAUUUCUUCCACAUACCUACCUAAUUAAUGAUAGGCUAGCCACCUAAAUUAUCAUGGAUUGGGGAUUUUUAUUUUUCAUUUCUCCUCAUUCAUUAACCCCAACUUCUUGUAUCAAUAUUGUUGAUCUAUUAAUUAUCCUCCCAAAAAAAAAAAAAAAAGAUACCCCCCUCUCUAAUUAAUUUGCUUGUAGGAUAAACCAAAGACCCCAAAAAUGGUAUGUGUUUUUGGCAUUGGGGGGUCCUUUGUAAUUGUAUAAAUCAAAUAUUUUAUAUUCCGAUAAUAGGACAUGUCAUUUAUUCUU